UAUUGCACAAUAUUUUUUUAGGUACUUGUAAUAGUUGCAUUGAUCAUACUACAUAAUGAUUUUACUUAUGUUUUUAGGACAAGUUCAAAAUCUCGGAUGAUUAUCAUGGCAAUCUAGUAGCUCAGCAAGCUGUCCACAGAAAAUGCUACAAUAUUCAUAGAAAUUGGAGGCACAAUAUGAAAUUGCAUUACAAGCAUCUUAAGAACGUCUUACAUGUGGAUCCUUAUAGUCAUCCAUACGAACAAGUGACUCAAGAGGAUUGGCGCCACUUAAUUGACGAUGUGUGGAAAAGCAAAGAACACAAGGUGAGAUCAAAAGCUGGCAAAAAGAAUAGGAAAAAGCUUGAGUACAAUCAUUGUUCAGGAUCUCGGUCAUUUGUUGCAACAAUGACUAUACAGCCGGAGUUUAAUGGUUAUGAAAAUCUUGAAUUUUUAGAAUUCUAUAAGAAAACUGUAUCUAAAAUCUCAAUAAUCAUUUAA